AUGGAGUUCCUGAGGUCCCUCGGCCACCCGGAGGAAAUCUACAACCUCAUCAGGUUCAAGAUGGGCGGCUGUCAGGCGGUGAUGCCCAGGAUGGAGCAGGACUCCAUGAGCCCGAGCCUGCACACCUGCUACAAGUACCUGAACGAGACCAGCCGCAGCUUCGCCGCAGUCAUCCAGGCCCUGGACGGGGAGCUCCGGCAUGCAGUCUGUAUCUUCUAUCUGGUUCUGCGAGCUCUGGACACUGUGGAGGACGACAUGACCAUAAGCCUAGAGACCAAGAUCCCCAUGCUGCACAACUUCCACACCUUCCUCUACAAGGCUGACUGGAGGUUCACAGACAGCAAAGAGAAGGAUCGCCAGGUUCUUGAGGACUUCCCAACAAUCUCACUGGAGUUCAGGAACUUAGCUGUGGUCUACCAGGAGGUGAUCGCCGACAUCUGUCACAAGAUGGGGGUGGGAAUGGCGGAGUUUCUGGAGAAGCAUGUGGAGUCUUUACUGGAAUGGGACAAGUACUGUCAUUAUGUAGCCGGUUUGGUGGGGAUUGGUCUGUCCCGUCUCUUCUCUGCAUCAGAGCUGGAGGACCCCAUUGUAGGAGAAGACACGAGGCUCUCCAACUCCAUGGGUCUGUUUCUGCAGAAGACCAACAUCAUCCGUGAUUACCUGGAGGAUCAGUUGGAGGGCAGAGAGUUCUGGCCGAAAGAGGUGUGGAAUAAAUAUGGGAAGAAGCUGUCGGACCUCGCUAAGCCAGAAAAUAUUGUGCCAGCUGUGCAGUGUCUGAAUGAGCUCAUCACCAAUGCCCUGCAACAUGUGCCAGAUGUUUUGCUGUACCUGUCCCGACUGCAAAAUCAAAGUGUGUUCAACUUCUGCGCAAUCCCACAGGUGAUGGCUAUCGCCACACUGGCCGCCUGUUACAACAACCAGAAAGUGUUUAAAGGAGUGGUAAAGAUUCGGAAGGGCCAGGCUGUGACUCUGAUGAUGGACGCCACAAACAUCCAGGCUGUAAGGGCCAUCAUGUACCAGUAUGUAGAGGAGAUCUAUCAGAAGAUUCCAAUGACAGACCCAUCUUCUGGGCGGACACAAAACAUUGUGGCUACUGUCAGGAAGCUGAGCUUUCCAAAUGGCCCCCUGGUGUCCCGGCACAGCUUUUCUCCAAUAUAUCUGUCCUGCGCCAUGUUACUGGCAGCCUUCAGUUGGCAGUACCUGAGCACAGUGCAGGCCUCAGAGGAGGUCCACACAGGCCAGUGA